GCUAGUCUGUAGCAUCUCCUUUGGUCUCUGUGCUGAUCAUGGAUUUUUUGGUCUACCUCCUGACUCUGCUGUCUCUCCUCUCUCAGGGCACAGCUCAGUGGUGUUACCAGAGCCAGUACUCCUGUGAUGACACAUGCAGAGACCCCAGCCACUGGGCAGCUCAGUUUCCCAGCUGUGGAGGAUUACGCCAAUCACCAAUUAAUAUAGUCACCAGCAAAGUCCACGUCAACAGCGCCCUGCCACCCUUCGACUUCAUCGGCCACACCAACUCAAUCAACAUCACAGUGGAAAACAAAGGACACUCUGCUCACUUUGUUCUACCACAGUUGGUCCGACUAACCGGAGGAGCUCUGCCUGGUCACUACAGGGCUGCCCAGUUUCAUUUCCACUGGGGAGGCAAUGGAAGACCAGGAUCAGAGCACACCAUUGAUGGAGAAAGGUUCCCCAUGGAGCUGCACAUAGUCCACAUCAAGGAGCCGUAUGGCUCUCUGGCAGAAGCAGAACAUGAUAUGGCGGGUAUAGCUCUGCUUGCCUUCCUAUUUGAGGAAACAGCAGAUGAUCAUCCUCAUUUGGAUCCAGUAAUAGCUGCUCUGGGCCGAGUACAAAACAAUGGCAGCAGCACAGUGAUCACAAACUUUCGGCUCAGUGACAUUAUCCCAUCAGCAAAGGAGCUCCACAGUUACUACCGCUACGUGGGCUCAAUGACAACUCCAGGAUGUGAGCAGGCAGUUGCCUGGACAGUGUUUCACAGGACCCUGUCCAUCAGCAGUCGACAGUUGGAUGCAAUAGUUCAGCAGUGCAAAUUCUGGACGGGACAGCCCAUGACUGACAUUUUCAGGCCUACGCAGCCUCUUGACGGCAGAGUUGUGUACCGGUCCAAGGCGAGUGCGUCUCUGAAAAGCGUGAUGCCUUUGUGGUUCUCAGUUGUUUUCUAUGUCACGCUUGGGACGACGGGUCUGAUAAACUGACUCAGCACAUGGAAACAUCUGAUUGAAGUGACAAAAGCUACUGUAUGUGUGAUAAACAACAAACUGUUAAAUAUGUUUGUGGUUAUUCAUUAAACAAAAUGUCAGCUGCGUGUGCGCAUAAACCAUGGCCCGAUUAAUUCUGCUAAGUGACUGUUGUGACAGUGAGAGAAGUUCCUGUAGUACUGGUACAUUUAUUCACACAUUCACUCAGAUUGUACAUUUAUUUAAGACUCAUUACUGGAGGUGAAUUGCUAUUGUUAUUGUUAUUCAUGGUUUCCAAAUGAUGUACCGCCUGAUGGUUUGCCAUGAAAUUUUACCCAUUGAUAUUUCUCCCAGGAUAAACUCUAAUAACCUUUGUUUUGUUUUUUUCAUUUUACCAUCAUGAGGUCAAAAUUUCAAAUGAAUUAAACACUUUGUUUUAUGACCAAAUACUUCCAUGACAAAUACAUUACAUGGAUGCAUUUCCAUUAGCCACAAGCUGCUUUGUGUUUAGUACCAAUUAGCAAAUGUUAGCAUGGUAAAUGCUAAACAGCAGUGUUAGAAUUGUCACUGUCAGUAUGUUAGCAUGCUGUCAUUAGCAUUUAGCUUGAGGUGCCUAAGUAGAGCUUCACACAGCUGGUAGCACGGCUGUGGACUCCAAUCUUUUACUGCUUGCGUGUAUCGUCUCUUCAGAUAAUCAAAUAGUAAUACUGACGAUGUGAUUAUCAUUCUUAAAUUAGUCUGCCUCACCUCUAAUCUGCUUUAUGAUUUCCAAUCAGAAAGAAGUGUAAGGAAUAAAAAGUGCAGAGUUUUUUCUUUAUUUCUCUUUACUUGCCAUGUAUACAAUCUCUGUACUGUUCACACAGAUGAAUGUAGACGAUUAAGGUUUACUAAAUGUACUGUGCUCUGUUUGUAUGAAAAACUAAUUAGUUGUAAAUAUUCAUAAAUACCUGUGAUCUUUUCCAGAGUGACAACUUCUCAAUUCAUGAAUACAAUGUGAUCAUCUUUAAGUGUAAAGCCUUGCUCUGUAUAUAAUCAACAUUCAUGGCAGAAAACUACAGAAAAUAAAUGGACAGUGUAAACCAGCGAAUGUAUUGGACCCCCAGUAAGACUAAGAACUAAUUGUUUGACUUCAGGAAUACUCCCAUUGAGCUUUUAGUGAGA